CAGCAAUUUAGGUCCCACCUUUCACUGAGAACAGCUGAUUUUGCCUUUUCUUUCUAGCCAAUGGUGAUCAAAUCUUUCAGAAAGGAAACUAGAUGAGUCAUCUUCUGCAGAUAAGCUGAAAUAUUAAUAGUUCUAUCUCCAGAAGUCCUCAAUGCAGCCAAAUCACACAGCACGCCUACUCAUCUCUAUCAUUGGAGAGGUUCAUGGCAAAGAAAUCCCUUCAAAACAGCUUGGAUCUUAAAGCUUCAGAAACCGAUUAAACAGCUAUGAACAGUACAAUUGAACCUGAAUAUUAAGUCGCCCCCCCACCCUCCUUUUCCCUCUAACCAGUUCUUCACGGAUUGUGGUCAUUUUGUUAGACAGAUGGACUUGAAACCUGCUUGAUCUUGGAACAUCACUUGAACAGUCACUGCACAUAUUGCAGGAGAAACCAGGACAUUAUUUUCUAGAAGUAAUGCCCACAGAAAGCGGAAGUUGUGCAACUGCUCGCCAGGCAAAGCAGAAGCGCAAAUCACAUAGUCUUUCUAUAAGAAGAACUAACAGUUCAGAACAAGAAAGGACAGGACUUCCAAGAGAAAUGUUGGAAGGACAAGAUUCUAAACUCCCCUCUUCAGUUCGGAACACACUUCUGGAGCUUUUUGGUCAAAUAGAAAGAGAGUUUGAAAAUCUUUAUAUUGAAAAUUUAGAAUUGCGGAGAGAAAUCGAUACCCUUAAUGAGCGUCUUGCUGCUGAAGGACAAACAAUUGAUGGGGCAGAACUGAGUAAGGGUCAGCUGAAAACAAAAGCCAGUCAUAGUACCAGUCAGCUUUCUCAGAAAUUAAAGACCACUUACAAAGCUUCUACUAGCAAGAUUGUUUCCAGUUUUAAGACUACAACAUCAAGGGCAGUUUGCCAACUAGUGAAGGAAUAUGUUGGCCACAGGGAUGGAAUCUGGGAUGUGAGUGUUACAAGGACACAGCCGGUGGUGUUGGGGACCGCUUCUGCUGAUCACACAGCUUUAUUAUGGAGCAUAGAAACUGGGAAGUGCCUUGUCAAGUAUGCAGGUCAUGUUGGGUCAGUAAAUUCCAUAAAAUUUCAUCCUUCUGAGCAGGUAGCUCUUACUGCAUCUGGCGACCAGACAGCUCAUAUCUGGAGAUACAUGGUACAGCUACCAACACCUCAGCCUACUACAGAUACUAGUCAACAAAUGUCUGGAGAAGAUGAAGUGGAAUUUUCAGAUAAAGAUGAUGCGGAUGGUGAUGGAGAAGGUUCCAGUGAUUGCCCUACCAUCAGGGUUCCCUUAACAUCACUUAAAAGCCAUCAAGGAGUGGUAAUAGCAGCUGAUUGGUUGGUUGGAGGGAAGCAAGCAGUAACAGCCUCAUGGGAUAGAACAGCAAACCUAUAUGAUGUUGAGACAUCUGAGCUUGUUCAUUCUUUAACAGGGCAUGAUCAAGAGUUAACACAUUGUUGUACACAUCCCACCCAGCGUCUUGUAGUGACAUCGUCUCGUGAUACAACCUUUCGCCUUUGGGAUUUCAGAGAUCCUUCAAUCCAUUCUGUGAAUGUCUUUCAAGGUCAUACAGACACUGUGACCUCUGCUGUGUUUACUGUGGGGGACAAUGUUGUUUCAGGCAGUGAUGAUCGUACUGUAAAAGUAUGGGAUUUGAAAAAUAUGAGAUCCCCAAUUGCAACUAUCCGAACAGACUCUGCUAUAAACAGGAUUAACGUAUGUGUUGGUCAAAGAAUCAUUGCCCUUCCACAUGAUAACCGACAAGUUAGAUUAUUUGAUAUGUCAGGCGUACGAUUAGCAAGGCUCCCCCGAAGUAACAGACAGGGCCAUAGAAGAAUGGUGUGCUGCUCAGCUUGGAGCGAAGAUCAUCCAAUAUGCAACCUGUUUACUUGUGGGUUUGAUCGCCAGGCCAUUGGCUGGAACAUCAACAUCCCUGCUUUGCUACAAGAAAAAUAAGAUCUGUGGAUUCUCCACAAUUGUUUUUUUGCCAUAGACUUUUAACUCAUGCAGAUAUUUCUGCAUAUUGGUCUGCCAUUAUUGUGAGAAUUUAACCCUAAAAAGGGGGCUUUGUAAAUGUUGUUUCCACAUCGUGCCCAGUUUGCAUGAAAUGAACUGAAAAUGUGUGAUCAUUUUUCUUCCCUUGAUUUCCGCCUUGUGUAUUGACCUUUUAUAUACUGGCAUCCAUUGGUCAUUAGAAAUGAAGUUCACUUCCUAUGGAGCACAUAAAAUGCUCAUGAAUUAUUCCAUAUUUGAUACAUGAACAGUAGGGCAUUACAUUUCUGUGAAUUCAAUGUCGAUGUGAAAUCCAUAUACUCGUUGUCAGAUAGAUAGUGGUCUCUUGCAUUUUACAGAGAAAUCAUAAAUAUCUACUAUACUUUGAAAAGAUUGAAGGCCUGAAUUUGAGUUAAUGUAAAUUUCACUGGUAGUCACACAUUUCAUGUUUACUUCUUACAUGAAGUUUUGAUAUGUAGUGCUUCAGUGUAAUAAAGCUUCAAUGUUAAGUUUGAGUAUAGUUCUAUAAAAAUAGCAUGGAUUUGAGAAGUAAAAGUUUAGCAGCUUCUGGUAUGUAUGGAAUGUUGACUCAACAUUCAGAGGAAGUGUCUUUUUAAAAAGAAGUGUUUUCUGCCCUGUUAAUAUUAAGUCAUUUCAAUUUCAUAAGGUCUUGCACUAACUAAUAAUUCCAAAAUAGGAUUCUAAUCACUGAAAUACGUUGAAGCAAAAUUUAAAGCACUUUAGUUUAUAGCUGUGGUUAUAAACAGUUUAUAGAAGUUUCAGAUGACUUAUCCAAUGACUGUGACUUGACCUUUGUAAGAAGGACUUGCUACUUUUUGGUGACCUACCUGAAAACAAAACCUUUUUUAUGUUCUACACCUUCAGUUUGCAUCUUUAUAAAUAGGUCCACUUCCCUGGUGGCAUUUGAGAGCCAGCAAUGCGAAUACAUGAGUACUACCUCACAAAUGAAUGUUAUAAACUUUGAAUCUCACUGUGGCCUAGUUGAAGCACUUUUGGUUUAUAGCUGGAAUAUUGAAUUAAAAUCAUAAGGGAAGAAGACAAUCACACCAAAUGUAUCUUGAAUAUAAACAAUUUGCUAUUGGUUUGAUAAGGUUAUAACACAGGAAGAUAUUUGUAAGUUUGGAAGAUUCUUUUUUCUCAGACUAGUAGCUGAGACUAGAGCUAUUGCAGUACCUUACCAUAUUGCAGAGUGAGUGAUCCUAUUACUCUUGGCUUCUUUGAGAUCAGAAUGUCGUACUAAAAUUUAUAAGUAUUAUUUCUUAUUGACCUGCAGCCUUGCUUAAAAAAGGGAUCUUGGUAUACUGCCCUUCACAUUUGGACAGCCAUUUUUCUUUUAUUCAUGGUUUUCUCCCUUAUUUUUAGGUGAUGUGGGAGGGUGGUUCACAGUUUAUAACUGAUAUACCCAUUCAGUAAGGUGUGGAGCUAAUUGGAAAUAGAAGGCUCUUCAAAAGAGCUUAUCAUGAGUGAAAAGAAUGCGCCAUUUUUUGACACAAUAUAUAGAACAGUAGCUGAACUUAACAGAGUUAGAUUUUUGUGCAUUUAGAAUAAUUUUGCAGGGGUUGAUUAACAUUCAUUGGUUUAUUCAGGAAUCGGAAGAAAAUAAGGAGGGAACUCCUAAAAAGAGUGAGUUAAAAGUUAAAACAACAAAAGAAUAAUAUUGUAGAAAGCUGGGGUUUUUUGAUGAAGUGAUAAGAAGUAAAUAAACAUUAUUGCAGUAAAUUUUUCUUUGAAACUCAGAAGGCUUUGAUGUGUUUUCAAAUUUGAUAAUUUUUAUUAACUCAAAUACAGUUUGGGGAUUCCAGAGUUAGUUGCCACUAUAGUAAAUAAAAGCGCUCCAGGUUUCAGCUACUGCUUUCUGAAGAACAAUUUGCCAUAAUGCCUUGAUUCUGUUGAGGCAUUUGCUAUGACUUAUUUUUACCCUGUUAUGCAUUAACUUUUGGAAAAUUGAUAUUCAAAAUACCAUUUCCUGGCCCCUUUCUUGUAUAUUCAAAGGCCUGAGUAUUAUUAACUUGCUCUUGAAUGCUCAAUUACAGAGAUAGAUUUAUUGACUUGAUUUCUUUUAAUUUGGAAAUUCAGAUAUUUUGGAAUCACUGCUGGAAAUAUAAAUAUGCAUUUUACAGAUAUGUGUAUAUAUUAUACAUAUGCAUACAUUCAUACAUCAAUAUAUACACACAAAUAACUGAUUCAGUCUUUACAAACCAAGUUUUAGCCUGUUUUUGCUUAAUGUUUUUGAAGUCUUUAGAUUAAAAUACAUGACAUGAAGGCCAUUCAGAUCUAUGCAGACUAGUAUCCAUCACUGCCAGUGGCUGCUUACUUUUACCACAAACUAGAGGGGCCAAUCUCUGACCCCAGAAAUGAGUAUACAUACUCAUUUUCAUUGGGAGUAAAGUAAAUCCUCAAGGUGCUAGAGCUGAGUUCUCAGGAGCAGGCUAAUACUUACACCAUUAACCACUGUAUCAUCUUUUAACUUAAUUUUAUAUAAUAUCUAUUUGUGGCCAUAAAUGUUAUUUCCAGCAAGUCAGGUCGGCAGUUGGUGAUAAUGAAUUUUGGGGGGUUGAAAUUAAGUCAUGUUUCUAGCCACUCAUAGUACCAUUUGAAAUAGUGUUUGAAGAGCAAACUGUUUCAUGCUGAAUGCAGACAUGUCCAGAAUUUCAUUUAAUAAUGGAGGAAAGUAUAUAAGGGAAAAAUACGUAUUGGUGCAGAAUUUCACAGAAGAUACAUUGUUAGGCAAGGCAGUGGUCUUAUGUGGCUUUCUUUUUCUCUACCAGUGCAUAUCCCUUUUUUUACAGAUUCAAAAUCUGUACGUAUUUUGGAAUCUGAUGUAAAACAUUUGCUGCGUAAAUCUGUGAAUACAAAUUUCUUUUGGAAGAAAUAUGUAUUUCUAAGUGUUGUAUGAAUCUACUUGUUUUUUAUUUACUUUUACUGUGCUGAUUGUUUUUUUAAGUGUUUAGUGUCUUCAUUGAAAUUUGAAAUUCAUUAAAACAUCCAUGUUCUGUGAUUACUGUUUUUGAAGUUGUAUAUGAACUAUCUCAUAUUUUAUUACAGCAUUCCAUAUGUGUUUCAAAUAGUCUUGCAUUGGUCAGUUAACAGUUUCUGAAAAUAAUUUUUAUCAGGCCCAGAAGUUUUCCACAGCUGAAAUGAGAACAAGUUAGAUAAAAGUUAUUACUGCCAAUUUGAGUUUAAAAAAAAACUUUUAUAAUAGAAAAAAUGUAAAGUUCACCUUCUUGUUCACUUAAUGAGGUACCAAAACAAAUAAAUACAAAAUUAUUUCCAA